AUGUUCAAUCGGCUGUUAAUCAAGAACAAAUCACCUUUAUCAUUUAAGAUAAUAAGAUCCUAUUCCGGCCAUAAAGCUCCUCCAGCUAAAAAGAAAGACGUGGAUCCCAGAAGAGUAUUCAAAGUAUACAGAUUCGAUGGCAUCCUAUCGAAAGGUCAACCCAAAAUGAAGAAUUAUGACCUCGACGUCAGUACGUGUGGUAAGAUGGUGCUUGAUGCUAUGAUAAAAAUAAAAGACAUGGACUCAUCGUUCGUGUUCCGGCGAUCCUGCAGGGAAGGUAUUUGCGGAUCCUGCGCCAUCAAUCUUCAAGGGAACAAUUGCCUCGCUUGCAUCACAGAAAUACCACCAGAUAAAACGAUAUCCAUCUACCCAAUACCGCAUAUGUAUGUCAUCCGAGAUUUAGUCGUCGAUAUGACGCAUUUCUUCAAUGGCUACGAUGGCAUACGGCCCUACCUGAUCAGAGAGCGCACGAGUGAGCUAGGUGCAUACCAAUACGCGCAGAGCAUUGAGGACCAAGCGAAAUUGGUUGGCCUGUAUGAAUGUGUUCUCUGCGCUUGUUGUUCAACCGCUUGUCCGAGUUAUUGGUGGAAUGGUAGAAGAUUCUUGGGGCCGGCAGCUCUCCUUCACGCCUAUAGAUGGAUAAUAGAUUCCAGGGAUAAAGACACGGCGGCAAGAUUAUACGAUUUAAGAGAUGAUUUUGUGGUGUACCGUUGCCAUACUAUAAUGAAUUGUACUCUCGCUUGUCCGAAAGGUCUGAAUCCGCAUAUAGCUAUUGCCUACCUUAAGAGGUUAAUAUCUCGCGUCGAUAAGAAACAACCGGAGGGCAUUGAUGCAUUGAAGUUUGCCUCUGGUGCAAAAAAGAAAUGUUAA